AGUCCUUACUGGUUUGACCAGUGCCCGUAUACACUCAUUUAAGAACCUACGUCGUAAGGGAAAGAGACCUACCUAUAGCCAUCGAUGGCUACCACAGAAAAGUCUAACUGAAAGAACGUCCAUACGUCGCCGAAAGGAAUAUCGGGCGGGACGCAUCGUUACGAACGUACGUCGAGACGUCGCUCUCUUGUGCUCCCCAGCUCAGCAACAUGUCCGGUCGUCGUACGCUGUUAGCUGGUGACUCGCACUAUCCCAACAUUUUCGAUUUUGAGCUGCUGCUACUUCGGGCUUCGUCUCCGCCGCUCACGAACGGACGGGCUUCAACCACGUUCGCUAUGGCUGCUUCGUUUCAUCGGGGAUAAUAGCACCACCACCAGCGCGUCAGCGUCGACCAUCGCGAGAGCAGAACAACAGAAGAAGCUGUUGUUGCCGUCGUCGUGAUCUUGUUGUUGUCGCUGUUGCUGCUGUUAUUUGUAGCCAAUGUGUAGCGGAUUGAAGUACAACAUAGAGUGAAGUAUUUACCGCAAAGGAAGCUACUUUAUAGGACAGCGGGAGGACUGGGGAGUCUCCGCUAGUCAAGACCGAAGGACGCCGGUACUUCGUUCGAUGCUCCUUCGUAGAGUAAAAUCGCUUUGUUGGAAAAUAAAAAUGUGCUCAAAUCUGAAAACCUCGGUGUUGUUAUCAUCAAAGUGCACGAUCAAAGAUAUGCAUUAGAUUCUAGAAUGGUGGACGGUACAGUUAUUCGUGCGCGCUAGUAUGGUUGUUCUUAGUGAUAUACACAAGUAGUGGUACUACCCCCACUGCAAGCGGUGUGUGUCCUACAGCCAAAGCGAUCCCCAGCGAGGUUCGCUCGGUCAGCGUCAUGGCGGCGCCAAAUACAAGAGGCGACUAUCCGAGGCGUACAGCCGCAAAGUUUACUAGAACAAUAUGUCAACAAAUACUGAACGGUAUUGCACGAAAGGUAAUGAUCUCCACGAGAAACAUUGCAGGCUUCGCUCGGUGGCCAAGUCUAAAGACUGUACGAGGGGUGACUAUAGUGUUACUGCUUAUUGAGAUGGCGGUACCGAAAGUUGCAGCAGGAACAAUGCAGCACUUGCCAUGUGUGCGGGCGGCUAACCAGCUGUAUUGUCCUACAGCAGGGAGUCUCUAUCCAAACAUCAACUUAACGGAGCCAAUCGUGGCAGGCCACAAAUUCUCAAAGGAAAAAACGUGCAAAAGGGAAAGAAUUGAUAGUUUCAUCGACGACAAUAAAUCAAUGAUUCGUCGUAUGUUUGGUAACGUCGAUAGUCCAUCGGAUCCUGCAAUUGAGCAUUUCCAGACCUACGACGGACGCCGAAUUCAUCAUCGGGGAAAACGAGCUGCUAACGUCGGAGGGUCCCCUCACAAAGUGGACGCGUGCGAAUCCACAGUGGAGAUUGUCACCCCGUACUGGGCAUCUAACAGUCACGGCAAAAUACGGGCAAUCGUUAAUACACAACAUCUACAACAGGCAAUUCAAACCGAAAUGUGUCAGAACAGCCAGACGCGAAAGUGCAACGCCGACUGCGGCUGCGAACAGAAAUACAAGUGGCAUCGACUGCUCGCUUAUGACCCUGACGAUGACUGCAAAGGAAUAUUUAUGGAUUGGUUUUUGUUUCCCUCGUGCUGUGUUUGUCGAUGUCAGAACCUAUUACAGUCACAUUCCCAGAUUUCUAAGGCUAAAAAUCACUAGACAAACAAAUCUGUCGUGUAUAAAUUUACUUAGAUGCGAACGUACCAAUAUAACAGCUUGGUUUUAAUGUGGCACUAACUAUAUCGGAAAAAGAUUUCACUAAAUGACCGCAGGACGCAAAACGAGAACAGCCAACUUAGGACAAAUAUUAAAGCAUAAAGUAGACGAUGACUGAGGACGGGUGACGUCAGCUGACUUUUGCCUAAUAACAUGAUAUCAAUACACAUAGGAUCUGCACCUGUGAUAUGCAAAAAUUUUCGUUAUUAAAAGAUUGCUGCAUCGUAAGAGUACCUAGAAAUAAGACCUAAGUACUAGGUUUUGUGCAUGCUAGCUGCACAUAGCGUACAUCCGAGCACGCCUGAAAGCCUAAGCUUGCAGCUGGCAUCCCUCUGCUGAAGUCGACGCGCUCUACUGUCACGUUACAUAAUGCAUAUGAAUUCUACUUGUACCAUGUUCUCUUGACGUUAUUAGAAGCUCAUUACUACAUUGCUAUGGACGUUUGACAUCAAACUAAAAUAUGGCAUAUUAAUAAAUUCUAUGACAAAAGUACAUAGGGAUUUAUUUUUCAUAUAGUGUUACAUUAUUUACUGCGCCAUCUACGAAACGAUAUAAUGAACCUCGUCUAAUAAACAUAUCGCUUUACAAGACCGCUAAAAUCAUUCGAAAUGUCGGUGCUAGAUGCAUAUAUUAAAACCCAUUUAUAACUUAGUAAUCCCUUAAGGCAUCAUUAACCCCAUGCCACGCUCUAGGUGCGUUCUUAUUGAAUAUUUUAGCCCAUGUUUUCGACGAUUUUUAUUAGAAAACACCCAGUUGUUGAAUCCUAUCGUAAUUAUUUCGUGAAACCAACUCUAUAAUGUCAUCUGCACAAUUCAUGUUAAUGAAGAAAGUUAGCUGUUUUUUUUUUCAGUACCAUCUAACUUAUACACGCUGACGUAUGAAAGAAUAAAAACAAACCUAAGGUUUGUAUCUGAAGAACACGACGACAUGUAUAUGUAUCGAAAAAGUUGAAAGAAUCGUUGACGAUAUCAUCUAUAUGAUUGCUAGCCCUCAUUUUAUCAUUGUCACUUUGAUCUAUUUACUGUAUAAUAAUAACAAUAACAAUAAAUAAAAAACAA